AUGAGCUCAAAAUGGGUCACUUGCCUCCGUUCCCCUGUGCUCUCCAUGCUGCUGCUGGUUCUUCUAGUCGCAUCGGCCGGAGCUCAGCAAACACCAACCACAAGGACAGAUCCAAUUGAAGCGAGCGCGUUGAAGGCGGUCUUCGUCAAGCUCCGGCAGACGGCGUCGCCCGCAUGGAACAUCAGUGGCGACCCUUGCACCGGCGCUGCCACGAACGGCACUGACAUGGACAGCAUCCCAAACUUGAGCCCGGGCAUCAGGUGCGACUGCACGGACCAGAACAACACUGUCUGCCACGUCACCAGCUUGAAAAUGUACGCAUUAGAUGUUGUUGGUCAUAUACCAGAAGAGUUGAGGAACCUGACGCACUUGACGUAUUUGAAUUUACAACAAAAUUACUUAACAGGGCCGAUACCAUCGUUCCUAGGCGAAUUGACUUCUUUGCGGUACAUGUCUCUUUGUGGCAAUGCAUUAUCUGGACCUGUUCCAAAGGAGCUUGGGAACCUUGUGAAUCUCACAUCCCUGUGUUUAGCCACGAACAGCUUAAAUGGCUCCCUUCCUUCUGAAUUAGGGAACCUGGUUAAACUUGAGGAACUGUAUAUUGAUAGUGCUGGCUUAAGUGGUCCUAUACCAUCAUCAUAUUCUAAGCUUACAAGAAUGAGGAAAAUGCAAAUUGGUGAAAUAGUAAAUGGAAGUUCUUCGCUAGCAUUCAUCAAUGACAUGACAUCUUUGAGCACCUUAAUUUUGAGGAAUUGCAAGAUAUCUGAUAGCCUGACAUCAGUAAACUUUUCACAGCUUACAAAAUUAAACAUACUGGAUUUGAGCUUCAACAACAUCACAGGGGAAGUACCACAAGCACUGCUGAAUCUAAAUUCGCUCAACUCCUUAUUUCUUGGGAAUAACAGCCUUUCGGGGAGCCUUCCAAGCUCUAUAGGAUCUUCUGUUACAAACAUAGACUUUUCUUACAAUCAGCUCUCAGGAAGCUUUCCUUCUUGGGCUAGUCAGAAGUUGCAAGUGAAUUUGGUGGCAAACAAUUUCAUAACCAACAAAUCUAAUAAUAGUACCGCCUUGUCUUUUGGGAUGGAGUGCCUUCAGAGAAACACAACUUGCUUUCUUGGCUCUCCACAACUUUCCUCCUUUGCUGUGGAUUGUGGGAGUAGAAGAUCUAUAUUGGGCUCAGAUAACUCCAUGUAUCAGCCUGAUGAUGCUAGUCUUGGAGCAGCAUCCUAUUAUGUUACAGGAGCACAAACAUGGGGUGUUAGUAAUGUUGGGACAUUUGUGAAUGGAUUAUCAAAUAGUGGGUACAUAAUCAACAACAACGUAUAUCCAUUCCAUAAUACUCAAGAUUCAGAACUGUUCCAAACAGCAAGGAUGUCCCCAUCGUCUUUAAGAUACUAUGGUAUUGGACUUGAGAAUGGAAACUAUACAAUCACACUUCAAUUUGCAGAAUUUGACUUUGAAGACUCACCAACUUGGAAGAGUUUAGGUAGAAGGGGUGAGAGGAAGGAGCAGAACUUUGACAUAAGGAAGGCAGCAGGCGGGAAAUCUUACACUGUUGUUAAGAAGCAGUAUAUAGUUCUUAUCACUAGAAACUUCCUUGAGAUUCAUCUCUUUUGGGCUGGCAAGGGCACUUGUUGCAUCCCUAAUCAAUUCUACUAUGGGCCAGCAAUAUCAGCUUUGAGUGCAACUACACCGAAGAAGGGUAGUGAAAUAGUUCUAAUUGUCGGAAUUGUGGUUGGUGCAACAGUUUUAGCAUCGGUAUUUGCUGGACUCUAUGUGUGGUGGCACAAAAGAAAAAAAAGUACCAUCAGAGCAGCAAAGCUCCACAACAUUGUUGGAAGACCUAAUGUAUUCAAUUACAGCUAUUGUGAACUAAGGACCGCUGUUGAAAAUUUUAGUUCUUGUAACCUUCUUGGUGAAGGAGGAUACGGGACAGUUUAUAAGGGUCAGUUUACUGAUGGCAGCAUGGUGGCAGUGAAACAACUAUCUGAAACAUCUCGCCAAGGGAAGAGGCAAUUUAUAGCUGAAGUAGAAACUAUUUCCCAAGUGCAACACCGUAAUCUUGUGAAGUUGUAUGGUUGCUGUCUUGAGGGCAAUAAACCACUAUUGGUUUAUCAGUACAUGGAGAAUGGAAGCCUUGAUAAAGCAUUGUUCGGAAGUGGAAGAAUGACACUAGAUUGGUCAACACGCUACAAAAUAUGCUUGGGCAUUGCAAGAGGGCUAGCUUAUCUGCACCAGGAGUCUAGCAUCCGUGUUGUGCAUAGGGACAUAAAGGCAAGCAAUGUCUUACUUGACACCAAUCUCAACCCUAAGAUCUCGGAUUUCGGGCUCGCCAAACUUUAUGAUGACAAAAAAACACAUGUUAGCACAAAAGUUGCCGGUACAUUUGGCUAUCUUGCCCCUGAGUACGCCAUGAGGGGCCAUAUGACUGAGAAAGUUGAUGUCUUUGCUUUUGGCGUGGUAAUGUUGGAGAUUAUAUCUGGAAGGCCAAACCAUGAUGACAGGCUUGAUGAAGACAUGGCUUAUCUUUUAGAAUGGGUUUGGCAACAUUACGAGGAAGAUCAUCCCUUGGACGUUGUGGACGCCAGGCUCGCGGAAUUCAACAGCGACGAGGUGCUCCGCGCCAUCCGCGUUGGCCUCCUCUGCAUUCAGAGCUCGCCCCGCCAGCGGCCGUCCAUGUCGAGGGUGGUGUCGAUGCUCACGGGAGACAGAGAGGUGGCGGAGGCAGUGACGAAACCCAGCUACAUCACCGAGUGGCAGAUGAACGCCAGAGGGCAAUCGAGCUCGGGCCCCGGGGUGGAGACCAUGUCAUCGGUCAUCCACGCCGACGAGGUCGUUCCUGAGCUCUGUCAUCGAUGA